AUGGCCAGACUGUUAAGCGUAUACAUGGGUAUUCUCCCUAGUUCGAAACAACGGUCAAACUUCAAAGGGGGGCCAUUCUCUGGACCGUCUAACGCUGGCAUGCGGUUUAUGCCGCCGGCAACACGAGGAACUACGAGAUGA